AUGAAAAUGGAACUGGGAAGUGCUUGGGGUCAGAAGGCAUGGAGGUUCCUAACAGUAGUGAGAGAACAACAUCCGCGCAUCCAAUGCAUUACAAAGUUCGUCUCCAUGGACUUGAUGGCCAACACUCUGCUCGCAGCAAGUGCAUCGCCUGCAAUUCUGCACAGCCUGCAAGAGAUACUUGGCUUCACCUCUCACGCCCAUGGCCUCUGCAUCAACGUGGGUACUCUUUCCCUUGACUGGCUUCCUUGCAUGAAGUCUGCCGCUUCAUUGAUGACUCAGUUGGGGAAGCCCUGGGUUCUCGACCCGGUUGCCGUUUCGACCUCCGAUUUUAGAAUGAAGGCCUGUCUCGAACUCGUUGAGCUUAAACCCACCGUUAUUAGAGGGAACGCCUCAGAGAUUCUUGCUCUCUACAAUGCUUCCUUGGGACCCGAUAAGGGAGUGGACAGUUCCCACAGAUCACUGGAUGCAGUGGAAGCAGCUAAAUCCUUGGCUCAAGCAAGCAGUGCCAUAGUUGCAGUAUCUGGAGCUGUUGACAUUAUCACAGAUGGACAGCAGGUGGUGGGUGUACACAAUGGAGUGGCCAUGUUGCAAAGGAUUACAGCUACAGGUUGCGCCGUUACAGCCCUCAUUGUUGCCUUUGUUGCAGGUGACUCCUGACAUGCUUUUGAAGCCACAGCUCGAUCGGCUCUACCCAUCUUUGGUCUUGCUGAUGAAAUUGGGAUGGACAUGGCUAAAGGUCCGGCUUCAUUGAGGAUACACUGCCUUGAUCAAGCUACCGUAUUUUCUGGGGUCAAUAUCACCACAAUGUCAUAAGGUCUCUAGUCCUGAUCUGAAAUGAUAUGCACGUUCGUUAAACAAAGGCGGGUUCCAGUUGGGAUAUGUAUAAUUUGUUGUAGGAUAGAUUG